AUGGAGAUGAAAGAGUCCCUUUCUAAAGAAGGGAUUUCCAACAGUGACAAUAGAAUUAAAAACUUAGACCCUACUUCUUUAUCAUUUUCUCCAUUCUCGACCACCUCUUCAGAUCUACCAAUUUUACCAAUCUCAACUCUUUCACAAACAAGUCAUCAUAUUGCUAGUUCCAAUGAAACUGGUCUUACUCUUGGUGCAAAUGUCUUGUCAUGUCUAAAAAAGGUAAGAAGAACAAUUCCAACAUCAUUUAUUGUUGGUAAAAAUGAACCUCUUCCAGAUCCAACUUUAAAUCAACCAAAUAUUAAAUAUAAUAAUGUUCAACCAAUUCUUAUUCCAACAAGUAUAUUGGAGAAUAAAUCAUCAAAUCCAAUUUCCCCUACAUCCUCUAAAAUCCAACAUCAUCAACAACAAGACCAACAUCAACAACAAGAUAAUAGUCCAAUUAAUGAUGAUUAUGAAGAUGAAAAUUCUGAUCCAGGUGGAUAUCAACAAGGUAAUUCCUCACCAACUCCUUUGAUUUCCUCUUCUUCUUCUUCUUUUGCAAUGACAUCUACAACAUCUACAAGUCCAACAUCUGGGAAUCUCGUUCAACAACCAAAUGAUGGAAAUGUAAAGAAAAAGAGAAGACCAAGAGCACCAGCUCCCGUUUUGGAUAUUUUAAUGUGUCGUGCUUGUGGUGAAACUAGAACAUCUCAAUGGAGAAGAGGUCCUGAUGGCUGUAAAUCUCUUUGUAAUGCUUGUGGUAUUAGAUAUGCAAACAUUGUAAACAAGGAAAAGAUUAUGGUAACUGAACCAAAAGAUAAUUCAAUCAAUUGUAUAUUGAAUGAUUCCAAACCUUUCAACAAUGACAAUAUGGAUGAAGAUAUGUUUUUUUCAAUUGCUCCUACGACUAUUUUAAACUCUCCUCCUGAUCCUACCACUACAACCAAACAAACUAUGGAUCCAACAACUACUACAUCUAUUAAAUUUUCAGGAUCAAGACCACCAUCUCCUACAAGUAUGGCAAAUUUUAAAUCAACCCGAAUUCAAAAUAAUAAUAAUUUCAAACCACAACAACCAACUAAUAUUCAAAAUCCACUGCCACCAUUUAUUAAUAAUAAUAAUAAUAAUCUUCAACAACCACAACAAAAUUUAAAAAGAAAACAAGGUUCAUCAUCAUCGACUAUAGUAAAAAAUAUUUUUUCUCAAUCCAACAACAACAACAAUUCAUCUUCAAUUUCACCUCACUUUUCACAACAAAAAGUUUUAAAAUCAAGUCAUGAUUCAUCUCUGGAUAUGGAAAACAUCAACAACAAUAUUAAUAAUAAUAAUAAUAAUAAUAAUUUUCAACAAUCGAAAUCAUUGGAUGCAUUAUCAUCAAUAGCAUUAAAUGAGGCAUCAUCCUUUCAAUCUAAUAUUAAUAAUAUUAAUAAUAAUCAUUAA